GUUGUGAUUCGAUUCUGCAUAUCUCAAGUGCUCCCAACUCAAGACCAGCGCAUCAACCUAGGUACGCCGGAAUAACAUCGUCAUCAUGCCCCAGAGGUCGUCAGCGAUAGAUUGGGAGGCUCUGAAGCCGGAGAUCCUACGUCUGUUAUCUGCAGGGCAAAGCCGCAAGCAAGUGAUAGAGGAAGUUUCAAGGAACGGGCGAAGUAUCACGAAGUCACAGCUGGAGUACCGGCUUAAAUGCUGGGGACAGCGAACCAAUCUUACGGAACAAGCAUGGAGAUAUACCAGCCACAAGGUGCAAAAGCGAGCCAGGGACAAGAAGAAGAGCGCAGUCUUCUUCAAUGGUGCUCUCAUACCGGAGACCAAAGUUCGCAAGGAAACCAGGCGACAUGACCGUCCGACACUUUUCCCGAGUCCUGGUGACAGUCCAAAAUGCCCCGAAGGCUUCGACCUGAUGGUUUGCACCCCAGUUUCGUCGGUGGACUCGCCUGGUCAAGAUGCUUCUCCAGAACUCCAGAAGUCGAUGCUUCACUACAAUAUGCCAAGUCAUUCACUGCCGUGGCUGAAAUUCUAUCGCGGCCUGAAAGGAGAGCUCGAAUCGACAUCACUAGGUCUCAAUAUUGACUGGAAUGAUGUGGCCAAUUUCAGUCUCCCAAGACCAUCUCAGUUCCCGCGUACCUGGGCCGUCGAGCUAUUUGGGAUGGAGAAGUCGCUUUUCCGCCCGGAGAACAUUGACAUAUCUUAUAUGGCCUUGUUAGGGUGGUCAGACAACGAUAUCAAGGCAGUAGAACGGGAAGCCACGUCUCUUCGAGUGAUCCCUAGCGUUUCUCGGAUUUCCAUCCUUCUGGGCCUCCAGAUAUUCCAGAUAUCAAACAAGCUCUCACCGCUCGCCGACGAAGGUUACGACUCUGACUCACUCGAAUUCGGGAUUGCACUCAAACAUCUGGCUAACACUGGUUUCAACUGGAGGGGUCUAUUGAGUUCCACAAACGGAGCUACGUCAAAGUCAGUGGUUGAACAGACUUUUCAUUCCGCUGUCGUCCAAAAUGCCAGGGGCCUGGCAGAGAUGAUGCUCCAAGCUGGAGCUGACCCUAAUCGGCUGGUCUACGACGAUGAUUGCGAAAUGAGUGUUUCCGCUCUGAACUAUUCGAUUGCACAAGGGAAUCAAGAUAUUGCCGACCUUUUGCUCGUUUCAGGCGCUGUCUGUGAUCAGACUAGCUUGAAAAAUGCGAUAAUUGCUGGAGAGUUCAAAAUGUCGGAUCGUAUGCUGCGAUCAGAUCAGUCUCUCGACCUCGAUUUCAACUACAUUAAUGAACUUAAAGGAUUUCCGCUGCGUCAACUCAAGCUGGACACGGCAACACUGCCGGGUCUUGUGUGUCUUGACCUAACUUCUCGGGAAUGCGACUGCGACUCAGAAGAGCUUUUGUCCAUGGACAAUCACCGAACACAAUGCUCAAGGUACAGCAGUCUGCGAUACCUUCUAGGGAAAAAUGUAGCAGUUUCAUUGGAAACGAUGAUCCUGGCAUCAUUUUGCGCUGACAUCACCGCCCUCCGACUGCUGAUGGCGUAUGGAGGUCAAUUACACGGAUUCAAUCGUCAUGGGUUCUCCUGUUUACACGCGGCUUGCCUAAGUGCGAAUUUGCGGUACAAUAUUAUUUCACUCAUACUGUAUUCUGGGGCUACUGUCAACAUCCCUCAAACGCACCGCAAAUUUGGCAUAUGCCAGUCUCCGUUCCAUUCUCUACUUUCACGUCAAGCUUGUGGAAAUGGACAGGAGGAAUUCAACAUUCUCGGCGUUCUCGAUUUAUUUAUGAACACAGGUGGUGACAUAAACUAUCACGUUCGGCAACGAGGAUCAGGUGUGCGAUGUUGUGAGACAUCCGACGAAUUGCUCGGGUCUCGACCCAUUACAUGCCGGCCAUGGCAUGUUUGUUUUCAACGGCCAGGGCUCAAUCUUAAAAGCGCCUUGGAAUACGCCAUCACCUUCGGUCACGAAGACUCCGCUCUCCGCCUUAUCAGCCGGGGCUGCCAGAUGACAGGCCGAGAAUUGACAUUGGCAGCUGCGUACGGAAUGGCGAGGCUUCUUAGAGCACUAUUCAGAAAUGAUUGGUGGAUGAUUGAUAAAGAAAGUGUCAGUCGGAAUUGUUUGCAGCAUGCCCUCAAGUGCGGCCACACCAACAUUGUGAGGUUUCUUCUUGAAGAGGGAAUCCCCUUCAAAGAACAAGACCUGUUACAUUCCCUUCAAUGUUCGGGCACAUCAAAACUGUCCACCGAGAUCCAAUUAGGACUCAUCCGCGCUAUGCCAGAGAUUGAACAGUGGACCAAAGCCGAACCGUCUUGGCUUGAGCUUUGCUGCAUCAAGUUCACAUCCGAGGUGGUGCGAGAUGCCCUGAGGCAGUUUCCUUCAGCAUAUGAUUCAGGAGCCCUGUCUGCUAUCCUUCUGAGGGGCCUGCAAUGCCAGCGCGGUUUUCGCUUACACCUCGCCAACCUUCAGACGAUGGUCGGUCGACGGACCCAAGGUACAUGUGAUUGGGACAAGGAGAAUACCGCAGUGUUGGUUGCCGCGACGCUUGACUCAUCUGAAACUUUACGCAUACUCAUUCCACCGGGCACAAGUUUUGUGACGAGAACAGCACGCCUCUCACGAGAACACCUCAGCCGACUGUUAGAAAGGUGGGCCCCUACUAAGUCGUACCACUGGAUCGAUACCACGGAAAGCAUUUUUUGUGGGCAAUCGAUCGCAUGCUCCCCCUUAAUGGGUUUAGCUACGACUCGUGACGCAAUCGUCGAUUGGACCACCUCAGAGGAAAUGUUGGAUUACCUGCUGGCCUGCUCUUACGAGCUUGACGCAUUGACGGUUGUCAUAGCUGCUGCUAAUGGCAAAUUACGUCUCCUGCGCAGAUUCCAACAUCUUGUGAACUGGCAAAGUGUUUUAAACGUCGAAGAAAACAGUCGGUUUCCUUGGUGUCCUACCGCUUUGCAAGCAGCGACCGCAAAUGGACACCAGGAAGUGAUUGAUUUCCUUCUGGAGGCAGGUGCCAGCGUCAACGAAACCGCAGCAAAUGCGUCUUUAGGUAGCAUGUUUCCUCGAACUGCAUUGCAAGCUGCGGUACGCAACGGCGAUCUCGGACUUACUAAUCGCUUCAUAGAGCGUGGAGCCUGUAUCAAUGCGCCACCCGGAGAGAAUUUCGGUGCCACUGCACUUCAGCUCGCAUGCAUUCAUGGAUAUCUCGCGAUCAGUAUGCGGCUGCUGGAGCUUGGUGCAGAUGUCAAUGCCAGAGGCGCAGAGAAGUAUGGCCGUACCGCAUUGGAAGGAGCAGCAAAGCGUGGCCGGAUCGACACAAUUCAGUUGCUCCUAGAUCAUGGUGUUCAUACAGUGGGACCAUAUAGGGAGCAAUACAUCAAAGCUGUGAUUUACGCGGAGGAGGAAGAUAACUUUGCGGCUGCGGAUCUUCUGAAGGGGCACAGGGAGUGGAGCGCUGAGGACGAGGAGUGCUACAAGAAGCUACAGGGAGAUGGUUUUGACAUGUGGACCCCCCUGUGAAUUGGCUCAUAAUAGAGACGGUCAGAUACCUGAUUAAG